AUGAACCAAGGACCUCAGCUUCCUCUUUGGCGUGCGGAGCUUCGCGUCCGAAACGAGUCGGACGUGACGGAGCUUGGUACCCCUUCCUCGGCCGACACGAGCACUGCAGCGUCCGACAACGAGACGGGAGAAGUGACGCACUUCAAGCUCAUCGUCAAGAGUACCUUCCUUGAGUUCGUCCAAGUGCCUUGGGCAGAGCGAAGGGACGAGACGAAGCGCUUUGGAUCGAAGCCACGUGAUCGAUGUGAAAAGCCCAGAGCUCAUGUGAAAGGCAGACGACUUCCGCCUGAUGCGGUGCAAGAGCGCGCCAGCGUUGCACGAAGGAGCCUCUCAGAUGCCGUCCGUGGGCUCUUCGUGGCAUGCUUGGGGCGCUUGCAAGCCUUGUAUUGGAAGUCCGGCGGUUGUCACAACGGUACGCAAUGCCUUCAUUGCCAUUUGUGCCCCCAAGGGGAGCUGCAGCGCCGGAAGAAGUUACAUAAGAUCCUGGCGAAGGGUCGCUCGACCGAGAGGCGCGGGCUGUCCGUCGGUCGUGGCGGGCUCGGUGGGAAGAAGGAGGGCAUGGGCAGCUUGCAGCUGCAAGGCGGUGAGAUGCGAUGCAGGAGCCAGAUGGCCAGUUGCUUGAGGAGAGUGGUUGCAAACAAAUAA